UAUCAGGCUUAUUGUCAGCCAAUGGCCUGAGCCGACUGGAUGACAUCAUGGGCUAGGGAACAGUGAGCAGCCAGUGAAGCAUCCAGCCUGCCGGAGGAUCCAGGGUUUGGGGUCAGGAACCGGUCUGUCAACAGAAUGGCGAUCCUGCCAGCGGACUGUCAGUAGCACGCCACAUUCGGGAAUGAGCCCUUCCGAACAGAGGGAAGCAUGUCAGGCCGUAUCGCAGGACGCUGUGAGUGCUGCUAAAGAUGUCCUACAGUGUGGAACCUGAAGAGAAAGCACCAGCCCCCCCAUUGAGAAUGAACAGUAACAGCAGAGACUCUUCCUCGGUGAAUCUCAGCUCCAAACCGCUCCCAAUGGCUCCAGAGGAGAAGAACAGGAAAGCUCGACUGCGCUCCAUCUUUCCCGGAGGAGACAAGACCAAUAAGAAGAAGGAGAAGGAACGUCCGGAAAUCUCUCUGCCUUCGGACUUUGAGCACACAAUACACGUGGGCUUCGACGCUGUAACCGGGGAAUUCACCGGCAUCCCAGAGCAGUGGGCCCGACUCCUGCAGACCUCGAACAUCACAAAGCUUGAGCAGAAGAAAAACCCCCAAGCCGUUCUGGACGUCCUCAAAUUCUACGACUCCAAAGAAACAGUCAACAACCAGAAGUACAUGAGUUUUACCUCCGGAGAUAAAUCAGCACAUGGUUACAUGGCAGCUAACACUCUGAACCGGCUACUGUCCUCCGGACCACCUGCCAGCCUUAGAACCUGCAGCGCUUUAUUUGACAAGGGCACGAAGACUGCCUCCGAGCCUCCGCUAGCCCCUCCAGUGUCCGAAGAGGAGGAUGAUGAGGAUGAGGAAGAAGAGGAUGAUGAUGAUGAUGAUGAUAAUGAACUGCCCCCGAUUAUUGCACCCCGUCCAGAGCACACCAAAUCUAUCUUCACCCGCUCAGUCAUGGAGCCAGCGGCGCCCCCCGCCCCUGUGAAGGAGGACACGACCCCACCCGAAUCACAGGCCCCCGAGAACACCUCCAGCACCCUGUACCGGCACACGGACCGGCAGAGGAAGAAGUCCAAGAUGACGGACGAGGAGAUUUUGGAGCGACUGCGAAGCAUUGUGAGUGUGGGGGACCCAAAAAAGAAAUACACACGCUUCGAGAAGAUUGGACAAGGAGCCUCUGGGACAGUGUACACAGCCAUUGACAUCGCCACCGGCCAGGAGGUGGCCAUCAAGCAGAUGACACUGCAGCAGCAGCCCAAGAAGGAACUGAUCAUCAAUGAGAUCCUGGUGAUGAGGGAAAACAAAAACUCCAAUAUCGUCAAUUACCUGGAUAGUUACCUGGUUGGGGAUGAGCUGUGGGUGGUGAUGGAGUAUCUUGCCGGAGGCUCCCUGACUGAUGUGGUGACGGAGACCUGCAUGGAUGAGGGGCAGAUUGCUGCUGUCUGCCGAGAGUGUCUGCAGGCUCUGGACUUCCUGCACUCCAACCAGGUGAUCCACCGAGAUAUAAAGAGUGACAACAUCCUCCUGGGCAUGGAUGGUUCUGUAAAACUGACGGACUUCGGCUUCUGUGCCCAGAUCACCCCAGAGCAGAACAAGCGCAGCACCAUGGUGGGCACCCCGUACUGGAUGGCUCCUGAGGUGGUGACCCGCAAGGCCUAUGGCCCUAAAGUGGACAUCUGGUCUUUAGGGAUCAUGGCCAUCGAGAUGGUGGAGGGGGAGCCACCCUAUUUAAAUGAGAAUCCUCUCAGGGCCCUGUACCUGAUCGCUACUAAUGGAACCCCUGAGCUGCAGAACCCAGAGAGGCUCUCGUCGGUGUUUAGAGACUUCCUCAACCGCUGCCUAGAGAUGGAUGUGGACAGGAGAGGCUCUGCCAAGCAGCUUCUGCAGCAUUCGUUCCUGAAGUUAGCCAAACCUCUGUCCAGUCUGACGCCGCUGAUUGUCGCAGCGAAGGAAGCCAUCAAGAACAGCAGCCGCUAGCAGGGUCAUCCAUCCCAUCAUGCUCCCUGAUUGAGGGGUCCACUGUCAGGACAGCCUGAAGGACAGAAACUCCUCCAGCAGGGCAGGCAUUUCUGCUUUGGCCAAGAUUUCGAGCCAGACUUUUCUUUGUGCUGUGAAGCACUCUUUACAUGUGGCAUUUUUCAGAAUAGCUUCCGUUCUGUAAAGGAGUCUGACUUUGCAGGAAGUCAUCCCUUAAAUACACCCCAUGUUCUUGGAGAGCGAUUGACAGGAGACUUAAAACCAGCACCCGUGUGCAAACUGCAUAAAGUCCUGACCCUCCUGCCCUCCUCUCCCCCUGGAGUGGACCAGCAAAUCUCUGCUGAACAUUUUCAUGAGAGACUCCAGAAGCUCCAUGCACCUGCAUGACCAUGACUUUCCAACGCAGUCUAAUGGAUCUGCUCCAGCCCAGUCUGAUGGAUCUGCUCCAGCGCAGUCUAAUGGAUCUGCUCCAGCGCAGUCUGAUGGAUCUUCUCCAGCGCAGUCUGAUGGAUCUGCUCCAGCGCAGUCUAAUGGAUCUGCUCCAGCGCAGUCUGAUGGAUCUGCUCCAGCGCAGUCUAAUGGAUCUGCUCCAGCGCAGUCUAAUGGAUCUGCUCCAGCGCAGUCUAAUGGAUCUGCUCCAGCGCAGUCUAAUGGCUCUGCUCCAGCCCAGUCUGAUGGAUCUGCUCCAGCGCAGUCUAAUGGAUCUGCUCCAGCACAGUCUAAUGGGUCUGCUGCAGCGCAGUCUACUGGAUCUGCUCCAGCACAGUCUAAUUGAUCUGCUCCAGCACAGUCUAAUGGAUCUGCUCCAGCACAGUCCAAUGGAUCUGCUCAUAUCUUCCUUGUUGAAUGUGGAAGGUCAUUUGUAUGUACAUGUAUGCAAGUGUGUGAGUGAGUGUGUGUGUGUGUAUAUGUGUACGUGUGUGAUUUUGUGUUUGAGAGAAGAGGUAUACCUCCAAUAGAAAAGUUUCUUGCUCAUGAAAGCCGUUGGUGGAUGUGAUUAAGCCAUUGGUGGGUGUGAUUAAGCCAUUGGUGGAUGUGAUUUGUUUGGGGCAUCGCAGUGUUGCCCUAUUUCCGGGUGUGUAGCUUGUUGUUUAGUGCUCUGUGGGUUUGAUGAGGCUGCAGUAUGAAACGAUGUAUAUAUACACAUAUACAAAACUGAGAGGUGAAACACUAUUUAAUUGACAGAUUAGGUUUUUUCAUGGAUCUUAUUAAAAGACAAAGCUAACUUCCAGAUAAUAUGCAUAUUCUGGGGUCGUUUCACAAACUGGUGAUUUGUUUACUGAAUGAAGAGGGUGAGCUCAUAUGAUUAUGUAUUACCAAACCUGUGAUUUAUUGGAGCAAAAUUAAAUAUAAUCAUAAUUAAAUCUAAUUAUUACAUACGUCUAAAUACAUUGCAUUACAUCUAAUUAUAAUUUAUCAGCCUCUAUUUAUCAUCAUCUUUCUUCUAGAGCCUCAUCGUUAAAAAACGCUUGGCUUGGCUUCGGCUGCAUGCCAUUUUAUGUAGAGUUGUUAUGGCCUUUUAAAUUCAGCCCAUACACAAAAAUAAAUAUUUUAAUAGGGCCCUACUGUGUGUCACUUUCACAUCAUAUUGUCCUUUCAUAAUUGUACAAAAUGACAAAAUUGUGUUGUGUAUUAACAGAGAA